CGCCGGAGGAAGCAGCGAGGACCCUCACCGGUGUUGGCCCGCCGCCGCCGCCGCCGCCGCUGCUGCCGCCGUCUCCGGGUCCGCGCCUCGGGCCCGGCCCGACCCGGUCUGGCUCGCGCGGGCUCAGCGGCCGCGGGGCCGCGGCUCUCGAUGGAAACUAUAUGACAGAAUAUUUGGGUGACAUCUUCAUGAAAGAGCUUCAAGAAUUACAGAUAUCUGAGAAAGACGUCUGUGAGACAGUGGCAUUCUUUUCCUAGCUAUUACAGAAGGAAGGAACCGUGUUCUUGUGUAUGCACUGUGUGGAUCACCACUCAGUGAGGCGUGAUUAGCCAAGAGAUUUUAAACUUGGUAGUUCAACCUUUAGGUUGCUUCCCCUUGUGGUCACCCCACUUGGAGAUGUACUUCUGUCUUAAGGACUCUGGCAGGAAGGACAAGUCCACAGGAAUUUGACUCCUUGACAUGAAGCAGACAGCCUUAUACUUUCAUGCCAGAUGCUUCAUGUGGAGUUACUAUUGUCACAGCUUUUUCCCCUCCAGGAAAGGGUUUCCAGUUGACAAAGACACUAAUGCAUUUGAGACAGUGGUAACUUUUGGGGGGAGGGAAAAAGCUGCUUUCCUGAUCUGCAACUUGACCAGAUGCUAAGAUGUCUGUGGACAUGAAUAGCCAGGGGUCUGACAGCAAUGAAGACGACUAUGACCCAAAUUGUGAGGAGGAGGAAGAGGAUGAGGACCCUGGGGAUAUAGAGGACUAUUACGUGGGAGUAGCCAGCGACGUGGAGCAGCAGGGGGCCGAUGCCUUUGAUCCUGAGGAGUACCAGUUCACCUGCUUGACCUACAAGGAGUCUGAGGGUGCCCUCAAUGAGCACAUGACCAGCUUAGCCUCUGUCCUGAAGGUAUCGCAUUCAGUUGCUAAACUUAUAUUAGUUAAUUUCCAUUGGCAAGUUGCAGAGAUACUGGACAGAUACAAAUCUAAUUCUGCUCAGCUGCUCGUUGAGGCUCGAGUUCAGCCCAGUCCUUCGAAACAUGUCCCCGCCACCCAUCCCCCUCACCACUGUGCAGUGUGCAUGCAGUUUGUGCGGAAGGAAAAUCUGCUAUCUCUGGCCUGCCAGCACCAGUUCUGCCGCAGCUGCUGGGAACAGCACUGCUCGGUGCUCGUCAAGGACGGCGUGGGCGUGGGAGUCUCCUGCAUGGCUCAGGACUGCCUGCUCCGAACGCCAGAGGACUUUGUGUUCCCACUGCUGCCCAGCGAAGAGUUGAGGGACAAAUACAGGCGCUACCUCUUCAGAGACUACGUGGAGAGUCAUUACCAGCUCCAGCUGUGCCCCGGCGCAGACUGCCCCAUGGUGAUCCAUGUACAGGAGCCCAGAGCCCGCCGUGUACAGUGCAGCCGGUGCAACGAGGUCUUCUGUUUCAAGUGUCGCCAGAUGUACCACGCCCCCACAGACUGCACCACGAUCCGGAAGUGGCUCACCAAGUGUGCGGACGACUCUGAGACAGCCAACUACAUUAGUGCUCACACUAAAGACUGUCCUGCAUGCAACAUCUGCAUCGAGAAGAACGGAGGCUGCAAUCACAUGCAAUGCUCCAAGUGCAAACACGACUUCUGCUGGAUGUGCCUGGGGGACUGGAAGACCCACGGCAGCGAGUACUACGAGUGCAGUCGCUACAAGGAGAACCCGGACAUUGUCAACCAGAGCCAGCAGGCCCAGGCCAGGGAGGCCCUCAAGAAGUACUUGUUCUACUUUGAGAGGUGGGAAAACCACAACAAGAGCUUGCAGCUGGAGGCACAGACAUACCAGAGGAUUCACGAGAAGAUUCAGGAGAGGGUCAUGAAUAACCUGGGCACUUGGAUCGACUGGCAGUACCUGCAGAAUGCUGCCAAGCUCUUGGCCAAGUGCCGCUACACCCUGCAGUACACGUACCCGUAUGCAUACUACAUGGAGUCCGGACCCCGGAAGAAGCUGUUUGAAUACCAGCAGGCUCAGCUUGAGGCUGAGAUCGAAAACCUGUCAUGGAAAGUGGAGCGAGCAGACAGCUAUGACCGAGGGGACCUGGAGAACCAGAUGCACAUAGCAGAGCAGCGGAGGAGGACCCUGCUGAAGGACUUCCACGACACCUAGGGGGCCCAGGCGGCCACACGGGGCUGGGGCUGGGGCCCGCUGCCGUCUGCAUGCCACAGGCUCUGCCUCUCGCGGCCCUGGCAGCCUGGCCCUGCUCGGGAGAGACGCCGGCCUCACACUUCUUAGUGGAUUUGUUUUCUUCUCAUCUUUUCGCUUUGUGUUUCUACUGGGGUAGAGACCGUAUUGACAUGGUCUCUUUUCAGGACUUGUAUCCACCCUGGGUGGUUGUUGGGAGGGAGGGAGAGUCUUUUCUGAGUGACUAUUAAUAGUACUAGAUCAUUACAACUCAUGUAAUUUUCAAAGGUUGUACAAUUAUACAAAAAAAAGCAAACCACAGAAUUACACAGAACCCUUUUUAAAAAUAAAUUGGCAUUGGAGUGUUUUA